GAUCUGUACAAGACAACAGCGGAAUAAAUGGAUAUUCCCGUCGUCAAGCAGUCCGGGCUUCACCGGCACAUCUUCCCCACUUUCGGUGUGCCGACCGGCAUCCCAAUUCGGUCACCCUAGACCGGCACCGGCAAACAAGUGUAUUAUCUCAUCAACGUCCAAGUCAACUACAGGGCGUACUCUCCCUAUAAAUAACGAGUAAAAUACUGCCGUUUGAAGAGGAUAGACAAGCAUCAUUCAGUUAUUAUCAAGAAGACACAUUCCACCUUCACAUUCACCUUCAAAAUGAGCAAGAUCUCCGACUUUGGCCUCCUCUCAUUCGACGUUUAUGGCACUCUCAUUGACUGGGAGACUGGCGUUCUGAAUGGCCUCAAGCCCCUUCUUCAAUCCAACAAUACCGAAAUCUCUCGAGAAGAUCUCUUGAAGAUCUAUCAUGAGGCUGAGGUUGCUCAGCAGGAAAAGACUCCCGACAUGAAGUAUUCUGAGCUUCUAACUACCGUCCACCCUCAUGUUGCAGAGCGUCUCGGCUUCCCUGAGCCCACCUCUGAACAGAGCAAGGCCUUUGGCGAUUCAAUUGGAUCAUGGCCUGCAUUCCCUGAUACUGUUGAUGCUCUCCUUCGCCUCGGCAAACAUUACAAGCUCGUUGUUCUGUCUAAUGUCGACCGCGAGUCCUUCUCCGGCAGCAAUGCGGGUCCUCUUCAAGGCAUUCCCUUCGACCUAAUUAUCACUGCACAAGAUGUUGGAAGUUACAAGCCUAACCUGAACAACUUUAAGUAUAUGUUGCGGGAAGUGGAGGCCAAGUUCGGUAUUCCCAAGGAGAAGGUGCUGCAGACUGCGCAGAGCCAGUUUCAUGAUCAUCAGCCCGCAAAGAAGAUGGGCAUCAUGUCAAGCUGGAUUGAGAGACCUGGGGCUAGUAUGGGUAACCGAGAAGAUCCUGUAUAUGAUUGGAAGUUUGCCACACUUGGGGAUAUGGCUGAUGCAUUGGAGAAGGAACUUGCUAGCAAGUAAAUUAGUCUAAGCUUGAUAUAAAUCAUACAAUACAGAUUAUUAGUGGUAAAAGAUCAACCUCGUGCCGGUUUCUCGUACUUGUUCUGUGUACUGUUCAACUCACAAGCAUUGAAUAGGUAAUUUACCAAUCGUUAUCGACCCUUAACAGUGGAAUCUAGGGGAGGUAGUGACAAACCGAUGUACUGAGCCAGUCUCCAAUGUCCAGUCAGAAGCCAGGAUAGCUAGCGACAGCUG